AUGACAGUGGAUAAUUUCAAAACUGUAUCCGUCAUCUGUGGACAAUGCCCACUAUUAACGGAUUAUAAUCCGCAAAAAGAGCAGGUACCAGCGGUGGAGGCAAUUGUACAAGCGAAGCCACCAGCUUCCGUUGGCCUAAUCUCACGCGCCGUUUCUUCGCUGAUGCAGAUGCAUAAGAACGGUCCACAUAAGAAGACCAGGAAAUCCAGAAAUCCACUUUUAGGGAAUCCGUUCGCUAAGGGCGUAGUAUUGAAGACUUUAAUCAAGAAACCGAAGAAACCGAACUCAGCCAACCGAAAAUGUGUGUUGGUUCGUCUCUCCAACGGCAAAGAGAUGAUAGCGUACAUCCCGGGCAUCGGACACAAUCUCCAGGAACACAAUAUUGUGCUGGUUCGCGUGGGACGUGUUCAAGACUGCCCCGGAGUGAAGCUGAAGUGCGUGAGAGGAAAGUAUGACCUGCCACACGUAGUCAAACAAAAAGUCUAG